AUGUCAACGAAACAAAAGCUGAAUCUACUUAGCAGCCUUAAGGCCAUCACAUUCAAGUUCUACCCAAUGAAUGCAUAUACAAAGUCGAUCAGAUCAUGUCUGCCGCUGGUCACUUGCGGUAGAGCUACUGCUCUGUCACCAGAGUGUAAGGUUAACAUUGAGCUCGCUGAGAAGGAUUGUGAGCCAGAGAUCAAGAUUAAGUAUUACAACGACUUUGAGCAGACACUAUUUACAAAGAAUCUGGACUUGUCAGCGAUCAUCGAGUCAAUUGAGAUGAAGAAGAACACACUAAAGAUAGAGGAGAUCAAGAAGAAGACUACAGCUCAGACGACACUCGAAGAGAUCCUUACACCUGUCACCAAGAAGAAGGAUACUGGUGCCAAGGCAAACCUCAAGAAAUAA